UGCUCGAAAGCGACUAGAAAACGUCAACGCUCGCGCCGCAACGCUUUUAACAGAACUGGGCUAGACUGGGAGUGCCGUGCUGGUGAACAUUUCCGUCCCGGGUUCGACUGCGACGUUAAAUCUUAUUCGUGCGAUGGGACUUUUCUGAGAUGCGGAAUGACGACGAGGCAAUCGAAAAUCGUGAAUUAUGAUGAUGCACAAUCACUUGCUGGGUCCGUCAUCAUCUCUCGCGAGCACUAGUGGUUUGCAACCGACCGCUGCUCUCUCAGAAGGUGCUUUACUCAACCACGCUUUGAAUCAACCGAAGGAGGAGCUCAAAACACAUUUUACAACCAGGGAAGGAACGUACAAAUUAAUGACUAUGGCGGAGUAUUCGCGACCAAACAGGGUUCCGAUGAACCAGAUGCAGCCUGGAACUGCGAAUGUCGCUGGUGCGCCAGUCAGAGUUUCUUUUCUAUCAAUGAAUUCUGGAAGCAAGACACCUUCAUCUAGGGCAGAGGAACAAGAUUUCUUGGAUGCUGAUGAAAAUUACCGUGAGGAGUUGGCUACCGCCGAUCGUAUAUGUUUCAACGUGGGCAGAGAAUUAUACGUUUAUCUUUACAAAGGUAUCCACACAGCAGCAGAUCUGAGUAAACCAAUCGAUAAACGCGUUUACAAGGGCACGUAUCCGACUUGUCACCAUUUCAAUCAGGAGACUGCAACUACUACAAGCUGCAGUUUGAUCAUUGGCUUUUCCGCUGGUCAAAUUCAGCUGAUCGAUCCAUUUCACAAAGAGUAUCAGGCCAGUCGUCUGUAUAAUGAAGAGCGAUUCAUUGAUAAAACUGGCGUGACAUGUUUGCGUUGGGUGCCCGGUCAACGUCAACAUUUCCUUGUUUCCUACACAAGUGGAUUUAUGUAUCUUUACAAUGAGGAACUUCAAUGUCCCGUCGCCCCUCCAGUCUAUCAAACCUUCAAGCAGGGAGAUAAAUAUGCGGUCUAUACAUGUAAAGCCAAGACCACGCGAAACCCUGUUUAUCGUUGGCAAAUCGGCGAAGGAGGCAUUAAUCAAUUCGCUUUUUCGGGCCAGGAUGCGAAAAUGUUGGCAACAGUAGGUCAUGAUGGAUAUCUACGAAUUUUCAAUUACCAUCAAAUGGAACUGCUUUCAUACAUGAAAUCUUAUUUCGGCGGUCUACUUACGCUUGCUUGGAGCCCUGAUGCUAAGCUUAUAGUGACUGGUGGUGAAGAUGAUCUGCUUACAGUCUAUAACGUGGUGGAGAAGAGAGUAAUUUGUCGGGGACAAGGACAUAAAAGCUGGAUAUCGCAGGUGCAAUUUGACCCGUAUAUGUGUAACGUUGACGGUGAGCAUGAAAUAAAUGGUAUUGGAGCUUUGGAUGCAAACUCUGACGAUGAAAAGUCUGCACAUAGUGCAGGAACACUUGUGAAUGGUCAGGACAGCAACGCUCCUACUCCGGUCAUCAGAGCUAAUAUGAGAAGGCCUCCAUUGCAAACCUCUUCAUUCUCGAGAUGUUCCUUCGCUUCUUUUGGUACAAUCAAUGGGACUGGGCAUGGUACCGGUGGAUUAUGUUAUCGUAUCGGAAGUGUUGGGCAUGAUACUCAGCUAUGUCUUUGGGACAUAACGGAGGAUAUGUUGAAGCCUGCGAAUGUGCAAAGACAUCGAAAUUCAACCAUCAUUGCUCCAAUGCUAGGAUUGGAAAUUCAGACUUCCUCCAGCCGUCUCGAUCCGCUAUGUGAAGCUUCACCAGCUCAGUCUGCCGAUUCCGCGAAACCAAAGAAAAAACGAGGGUUUCAUCGUCGAGGUUUCACACUGGGACGACUCGGUGGUUCAAGCAGUGAUCGUCGUCGACUAGAAUCGCCUGCCUCGUUGUCUUCUGCAGCUUUGGAUGAGGCUAGAUUGCUUGGAACACGAGUAUGCCCUCGAAUGGAAGAUGUGCCUGUAAUCGAACCUUUGAUUUGCAAAAAAAUUGCCCAUGAGCGAUUGACCGUACUUGAAUUCCGAAAAGAUUGUCUAGUCACGGCUUGCCAGGAAGGUUUCAUCUGUACAUGGGCCCGACCAGGAAAGGCUCCUACUACUCUCAUUAAACGGGAAGUCAAUUCUCCAAACGCUAUAAGUUCUCCAACAGGAUUCCGAGAUGGCGUUCCAGUGACAGGAUGGGGCAAUGCACCAAGUGCUCAUGCUCUUAGCUAGAAUUCACUGUUCUUUAUCCGUAAUUUAUGAGUCACUAUUUACUCCAAAAUCGUUCCAUUCAUUGCUGGUGUGACAAUCAUCUCCAGGGCAUACGGUGCUCAUGUGGCAAGUCAGUCUGUGUUUUAUCUCCUCGCCAAUUCAUGAUAGAAGAGUAAUACCCGGUCAUUUAGUGUUGUUACUGAAAUCUUGUUUCCUGCCCAAUUUCCUUUAUGAUUUUGUACACAUGAUUGCGUUCCCUCUGAUAUUGAAUUGCCUUGUGCUGUUCCAUUUUCUGAAAUUGGAUUUGGAUGACUCUUUCUUGUUAUAGAUCGUUCCUCGAUUUCACAAGCCUAUAUUUUCAUGGCUAUCCAGCAACUUAUAUUAAUAACUUCCGGGUAUAGGAACUGCGACAUUGUACAGGCAUUCGCUUUUUGCUGAUGUAAUCUUCUCAAUUGUCAAAAAGCACUGGUUUGUUGUUGUCAAAUUAGCUGAAGGUAGAUUCGUGACUAACGUGUAGUUGAGAUAAGAAUAUUUUAUGUCUUAAGAACCGAUUUUGAACAGAGUUCUUAGUAUUUGAGAUUUAUAAUAUAAAUAUUCAUCAAU